GUCCAACAUCUUUAGUUUCCCUACAAGGAGAACGUUUUCAGAUCUGAACCUGCACAACGCCACAAACUGGAAAACGUUUUCCGUUUGCAUUUGAAAUUUAAAAAACUGCUUUAUUUCCUGUUUUGUCGGACCUGAGCUGGAACAGAAAACAUGACUCACUGGGUGAGUUUACACUCCGUCUCCUCGAUGGAAACUCCGUACCUGUGCCCUGUUCCACCUGGACAGGUGAGGCUUAGAGGGGCGGGCCUCUGGGAGUCCAGAGCGAUCCGGACUCAGCUGUUCUACCUGUUAAUUGAAAACACAAACGCUCCCUGUGGAGCAGCAGAACCUGAGUGAUUUCAGAAACCUGCGUCCACCGCAGAGGAAGGACGGAGCAGCAGCAGGUGAGACGCUUCAGGCUGACACUGAGCUCCGAUUGACUGCGUCCCAUCAUGAGUCGGUGGCGUCGUUCGGUGGACGAGCUGACAGCGGGACGGCGGCGGCAGCAGGCAGAGUGUGAGCGCGCUCAGAACGCUCUGAGUCGGGUCACUUCCUGCUUCCAACAACUGGCGGCGUCGCUGGGAAGUUCAGCCGACAGCAGCUUCCUGCGGGAAGAGAUGGACGAGACGAGAGUGCUGGCUCACCGGAUCUGCUCAGGUCUGUCUCGCCGCCUGCUGCGCCUGCUGUCAGCCUGUGACUCCGCCCCUGUUGCCGUGGACGACAGACAUGCUUCAGAGCGACUCUGGGUUCUCUUCCUGUCUGCAGUGGAGUACUUCCUGUCUGACCUCCGGAGGGCCAAAGAGCUGAUUGGUCAGUUCCCCCUGACCCAGCGCUCCAGCAGACGCUCACUGGUGAACACAGGAUGUACCGACGGCCCGGUGGGUCUGGCGGCCCGGGUGGCACUGGUCCAAAUCCCCUGGCUGGUUCUGGAGGAAGAGCCCAGUCCAGAUCUGACCAAUCACAUCGCAGGCCUGGAGGCCCAGCUGGGUGAGCUGCAGCAGAGGGUCCCGGUGGCGUUCUGGUCGGUGGAGUCGACACAGCCGGCGUGGGCCGAGGUUCUGAACAACGCCGAGGAUCCGGAGGAAAGCCUGGAGGACUUGAUGGAGGUGGAGGUGGCGUCCAGCGGCGAUGGCAGCACCAAGCUGCCCGCCUGCUGCCGGGGAACCUGCUGCUGGGUCGGAUAGGCCCGGAUCGGUUCUGCAGGUUCCGAGAGCUCAAACAGAAAUCUUCUAUAGAAAUAUUGACCCAGAACGUAGCAGAGGAUUAGUAUAAUGUGAAAAUUAUAGCACAGAAAGUUGAGUGGAAGGAAGACGUGCCCAUCCAUUCAAUCUGAAGGAGCAGAUGACCAUAAUCUGUUCAACAGGUGAGCUGCUGGUUCUGUUGGGUCCCGAGUUAACGCGUCUAGAGUCUUCAUGAAGGUUCUGCAGCAGAAAAUCUAUUUUAUUGAUCUGAACAUUUCAGUUUGAGACGCUGCAUGUUGGGUUUCCAUCCACAAUCAGAAAAAUCUGAAAUAUUUCACUUUGUUUUGAUUUAUGAUGAGAUUAAUUUUUUAGAACAAGGAACAAAUAAAUCCCCAGGAGGGAGAAAACAGCUCAGUGUGACUCAGGAUUCUGGUUCUGCAGCGGGCGGCUCACACGGUUCUGGUUCCCAUAGAGACACAGAGUCUGGUUGGAUUAAGAACCUUAUUCUUUAUUAACACAAAGAGGCAAACAAACAUAAAAAUAUGAUACAAUCAGACACAGAGAAGCUGCUUCACUGCUGGAACGUGGUGUGGAGGUGAGACCGGAAGGCUGCAAGAGAAACAACAACUCCCAUCAUGCACUGCAUCAAGACUGACAGCUCCCAUCAUGCACUGCAGAAAGGCCCUGCUCCCUCUGUGACUCAAAGUCACAUCAGGGUUCAGGGUUGGGACAGAACGGCCAAAAUGGAGGACUGGUCUCCGUUCAGCAACAAAACGGAUUUUAAAUCUACAGUAAAAAUAUUUCUGCUGGAAAUAUUUGUUGGAGAAAUCCGUUUUGUUAAAUACAGAAAACUCAAUAUAAUCCCACAUGUUCAGAGAAACAAAAAUUAUUUCUAUAUUUUACUUUUGAAAACUGAUUUUAUUCUAUUUUUCGCGACAGACAGAUCGCUCUGUGAACUUUGCCAGAUUUCCAAGCUGGCAAAAAAUACACAUUAAAAUGUUCUAAUAAUCAAUUUAUCAGUCUAUUUGACUAACAGAGACGUGAUUUUUACCCAUAAAACCAUCUGUUCUAUGCAGCUAAAAGUUAGUUUGGUAUAAAGUGGAGCUAAUAAAGAUCAAGUUCAGGACAAACAUACGGAAUAUAUGGAAAAUAAUAAAAAUGUCUGAUACAACAA